GGUGAAUCUGGAUUGGGAAAAUCUACAUUAAUAAACAGCCUCUUCUUGACAGAUCUCUACCCAGAAAGGAUAAUCCCAGGAGCUGCUGAGAAGAUUGAACGCACUGUGCAGAUUGAAGCCUCAACUGUUGAAAUUGAAGAGCGGGGUGUGAAACUACGUCUGACAGUUGUAGAUACACCAGGAUAUGGGGAUGCUAUCAAUUGUCGAGACUGUUUUAAGACCAUAAUCUCUUACAUUGAUGAGCAGUUUGAGCGAUAUCUGCAUGAUGAGAGUGGUUUGAACAGAAGACACAUCAUAGAUAACCGGGUUCAUUGCUGCUUCUAUUUCAUUUCACCGUUUGGUCAUGGCCUUAAGCCUCUGGAUGUUGAGUUUAUGAAGGCCAUACACAACAAAGUAAAUAUUGUACCAGUGAUUGCAAAAGCUGAUACGCUUUCUCUGAAAGAGCGAGAAAGACUAAAGAAAAGGAUUCUGGAUGAAAUAGAAGAGCAUGGCAUCAAGAUUUAUCACCUGCCUGAUGCUGAAUCAGAUGAGGAUGAAGAUUUUAAAGAGCAGACCAGACUCCUGAAGGCCAGCAUUCCAUUUUGUGUAGUAGGAUCCAAUCAACUCAUUGAAGCAAAAGGCAAAAAAGUUAGAGGUCGACUCUACCCAUGGGGUGUAGUUGAAGUGGAGAAUCCGGAACAUAAUGACUUCCUGAAGCUGAGGACCAUGUUAAUCACCCAUAUGCAAGAUCUUCAGGAGGUGACCCAGGAUCUUCACUAUGAGAACUUCCGCUCCGAGAGGCUCAAACGAGGCGGCAGGAAAAUAGAAGACGAAGAAGUAAAUAAGGACCAGAUUCUGCUUGAAAAAGAAGCUGAACUUCGUCGCAUGCAGGAGAUGAUUGCAAGAAUGCAAGCGCAGAUGCAGAUGCAGAUGCAAAGUGGAGAAGGAGAUAGCAGUGCAGUUCAUGGACACCAUGUAUAAAAUUACUUUAUACCCUGACUUAAAGGAGACUUUCUGAGUUGAAUUGCGGUGGUGUUAUACCAAACAGGCUGCCUUUUGCUCAUCAUGUGACUUGGAGUUUGCUUAAAAGUUUAAGAUGGAAAUGCAUUGUGGUAACUCCUGUGAUAUGUGUGUCAUAACAUGUACUCACUUGGUAUUUUAUAUAUUAAACACAUUUGACUUUGUUUAGUAAUUCUUAUAGUGAGCUUAUUUUCAAUUUCCCAUUGUACUAGGGAUACAAAUUAGACAUUGAAACUUUUCUAUCCUGGUAAAGUGUUAGAUUACUUUUUUUUUUUUUUUUUUAAUAUGGCUUAUUAGAUCCUUGCUUUUAACUUUGUAUUACAUUUAGACAUAAACAGCUGUCAGUCAUACCUUGUUCAAUGGCACUAGGGAUCCCUGCAAUGUUAGUUUUGUAUUUUUUUUGCUGUGUUUACAGGUGUGUGUCUGUGAAACCAUCAGUCCUUUCUUUGUCUCUGCUCAGUGCAGAUGAUUUUCUUAGCCUCUGCAAGUAUCCAAUUAAAAUUCAAGCAUGCCUUGUGUCUUAACAAAAGAAAUAAGAGGAAUUGCCUCUUUAAGAGGUAUACUGUAUUUUAUAUGACAGGCAUUAUUUCCUUUGCAUUUAACCUUGAGGAAUGUGUAUACUUUCUUGUUUGCCUAAAAUCUCCUAUUGCAGAUAAAUUUUAAAAGUUUCUUGUAGGUCAACACAAAUCAGUCCUGCUAUUUUCUGGCAUUACUGUAACCAUAUACACUUGAUAAAUGCUGAUAUUGUUAAAUGAGGUAAACCCCAAAGAGUAGUUUUUUAUGCAUAGGCGUUUCCGAUAUCCAAAUGCAUAUGAAAUUGUAUAAUUCCUAAUGAAUAUUUUCAUACUAUUUUUAGGGCAUUGCAAACUGUUAAUUAUAGUAUAAAAUAUAUCUAGCACACUUCUCUGUUUUUUUAAAGUGAUCUGUGCCUAACAAGAUCAAUGCAAACUGUAUUUUAAGGUCUUGCUCCGAGGUGGAGUUAGCAGUAUUACUUUGGAAGUGACUCUGAUAAAGUUACACUGGUUUUUUGGGUUUGUCUUUUUUAAGGCCAAGGUCACUUUCCUUAACACUGAUAAUAAAGGAGACUGUUUUUUAGCAUGGCUGGACUUCUACUACUUAUGGUAUCUGGUAUUGUAUUUGCAGUACAUAAAAACAGCUCUAGUAUACAGCUACAGGGGUGGGAGCUGGUAGGGUCAGCACUAAUACACCGGGGUUGGUUUUUCUACUACUUCUGAUAAAGCCAGCAACCAGAUUUCCUAAUCUGAUCUGUUCCAAAACAUUGUUAUCUAAAUAGCUGAUAAAUAGAUAGAAUAGCAACUUUUUUUCUCUUCUUUGAGCUCAGGUGCAGCUGUGACUUUUAAAUUUUUUUUUAAUGUUUCUUUAAAAAAAAAUAUAGGAUUUCUACAGCUAAUGUAUAAUUCCAAUGGUACUUAAGUGGAUUAAAUAUCAACCUGCCAAGCAACUGAAAUUCUUACCUGCCUGAAACUACUGUUUAUGAAUUGUUUUAUAUUUGAGUCUUUUUAAAAAUGUGAAGUAAAAUCCUGCAAUUGCAGCUUUUGCAAGGGACCUCCAGUUUUCUUCUCAAAAGCAAUUACGGUCAAGUUUUGCACAACUCAUCUGACCUUCCCUAAAUCUUGACAAAAGUGAAAAUGAGAACCUUUUUGUAUGUCGAGAUGCACAGAAGUUUUAAGUCCCGUUUUGUCAAAUAUUUGCAUAUAAAGCUUAGAUGGAAAAAUUUGCAGUUCUAAGUUCUCGUCUUGCUUUUUGGAAAGAAUGUGUAGAGGGAUAGCAAUGUGGCAGUACUCUCAAAAAACAUACCACGUCAUUUAUUUCUAAAUCUUUUGAUAUAUUUUUGUGGAUCAGUUGUCAUAAAUUUACCAAAAGAACUAUAGACUUAAGUCAUCGAAUACUUUGUGAAGUCCCAUGCUGUCCUUCAGUUGCCACAAUCUGGUCUGGUUCUGUUGGGUUUUUUUUCCCUGAUAAUACAGAGUUUGUCUACUGUUAAGCUCUUUGUCUGCUUUCUCCCUGUUAAACAUGUUGUGCUUCAGACACUGGCCUCUUUGCCAAGCAGAGCAACUCUGGAACAUUGUGUUUUCACCUAUAAGCUCAGUAGGGUAUGGUGAGCUGCAAUAGUACUGUGAACCCGUACUUGAAAAAAAAACUGUGAAAUCUAAAGGGGGGACUGGUUGUACAUGUAACUAUCUCCAUGUAUGUUGGUUUGAUAGCUUUUUCCUUUAUUUUCUAACAUGGGAACAGAAGCAGAUUGUCCGUGCAUUUAGUGCUGUUUGGUUACUACCUGUGGAAUUAUUUUAAGCAAUGUCUUAUUCUUUGAAAUAUCACGUAUCUAUUAAAAUAUUUGAUCAGGAUAAAAUACUCUGUUUGAUUCUUAGGCAAAUGAUUUUUGAUCUACAAAUUCUAGCAGGAGAAAUAUUUCCAUAUUUGUUUUGUUUGAUUUUUUUAUAGUAAAAAGCAAGUUGAUAGCACUUGCCAUUUUAACUGAAAUAUUUAAGACACCUGACUGCUGCUUCUUCCCAAGUCUUUGGGGCAGUGAUUCAUAGUAUGCCUGGUGUAUCUGAAGGUCUAUUUCCCCUUCACUUUUCUUGUGAUGGUUUCAUGGUAAGACAUGAAAAGUGAGACUACCUUUCUGAGAUUCUAUUUUAGACAAACUCAACUACUGGUAGAAGAAAGACUUGGAGACAAAAGGUAGAUGUUAUUUGGUGGCCUGCUGAACUGGCCACAAUUCUUUUCCUGUGACAGCACUGUAACUUUUUUUUUUACUUUAUCUUAACAGUGAAAAUACUUUUGAAUUUGCAGAGCUUUCUAGUUGGUAGCAAAAAUUACUUGCUUUUGGUACAAAAAUCUGUUAUAUUCUGUUUUAUGUACUGCCAUUAGCCAAAACUAUAAUAAAAAUGCUAAAAUACA